CAUAAUAAGACAUAUUAUAUUUUUUUAAAAAACGUUGCAAAAAAUAUACAAUAAUUAUGAUAGUAAAGUGCUCUUUGCUAACUAUCCCAUUAUUAUUAUUAUUAUUAGUUGUACAGUUAGACUGUACAUUAGUAUCUGGUUUAGAGCCGGACUGUAAAAAUCACAAAACAGGUUACGACAGUUUUGUUUGUGUCUGUACUGAGUCGGAGCCGUGCGCUAAAAUCGAGACACCAGUGCGUACGGCACCCGAUGUAGUGAACAAUUGGUUUUCGAGUCGUGACGGCGCCCGACUACGCAAACAGACACUCAAGUUUGGCGACAAAUUCAACAAUACUACUGGUAAUGCUGCCCAACUACAUGUCAAAGUAAACCGUGAUAUCAAGUUUCAGGAGAUAUUGGGUUUUGGCGGUGCCUUUACCGAUGCCACCGGUAUUAAUCUGAAAGCAUUGGGCGAUAAAUUAGGCGAUCAGGUACUACACGACUACUUUAGCAAAGAUGGUAUUGAGUAUAGUGUAAAUCGGGUGCCAAUCGGUGGCAGUGACUUUUCAGCGCGCGGUUAUGAAUACGAUAACAAUGUUGAGGACAAAACACUGGCCAAUUGGAAACUGGAACGGGAGGACUAUGACUAUAAAAUACCAUACAUUAAAAGGGCUAAAGAAUUGGCCACACAUGAGAUCCGUCUAUUUGGUAGUCCCUGGUCUGCACCCAAAUGGAUGAAAACCAACAAUGAUAUCGCACACGGAGGUACCAUCAAGGGUGAAGCGGGCACUGAGUACUGGCAGAUAUACGCUAAAUAUAUUAUAAAAUACCUGGAUGAGUACAAAAAUAAACAUAACAUAACACAUUGGGGUUUAACUGUCCUCAACGAGCCAUUGAUAACCACUGCCUACAACUCCAUGCAUAUUACUGCUGAACAGAUGCGCGACUUUAUGUCCAAAACAUUGGGUCCGGAGCUUCACCAAAGCGGUUGGGGUGUCGACAAACUCAAGGUCAUGACCUGGGAUUUCAAUAUGGACGGCAUUGAGGCCUAUACUAAGACAGUCUAUGCUGAUCCCAGUGCAGCCAAAUAUAUAGCCGGUACUGCAUUUCAUUGGUAUAAUACCCGAUCGCACGACCAGUUAGAUCAGCCAUUUAGAGAACAUUCGGAUAAAUUUUUAUUGGCUACCGAAGCCUGUGUAAUGUAUGGCGCAAAGUUAGGCUUAUGGAAACAGGCCGAGCUGUACGCUCAUGAUAUACUUGGAGUACUAUUACACCAUUCAAUUGGUUGGGUAGACUGGAAUAUGGCACUGGACACCCGGGGUGGUCCCAAUUGGGUCAAUAAUUUUGUGGAUGCACCUAUUCUGGUCGAUGCCGCCAAACACGAGUACUAUCGACAGCCGCACUUCUAUGCAUUGGCUCAGUUCAGUAAGUUUAUUAAACCGGGAUCUGUUAGAGUCGACACACAAGUGGUCAAACAGGAGGCCAACAGUGCACUCGUCGGUGCCUUUCGUACGCCAAACAACUCGACAGUUGUGACGGUUGUCAACAACGACGACACGGAUAUUGUGUUUACUUUGGAGGACUCGAAAGCCGGCAAACUUGUCAACACUAUUGCAAAAAAGUCAAUUCAAACCUAUGUUUAUUAUGAUUAGUAUUUUCAAUAAUGUUUUCAAUACCCAUACGUACAUCGAUUUGGUUAGUUAUGCUAAUUUGAUUGGCAUUAUUAUAGAGUUUAAUAAAAUAAAAUU